UUGAGUUACAUCAACAUGUAUAACAGGAUAACCCAAAAGGCCGACGGAACUAUUCCACGUCCGAAUAUGACUUUUCACUGUGCUAGAGUCCGGGGGCGCUACCACUGGCUCACACGUCAAUAUGGGCUGCUGCGUAUCUUCAAAUGCAAGAGUGCAACCCAACAAGAACUCGGCGCAGGAAACAGCGGCGUCAGUUGCGCCGCGGUCAAAGGGCACAGUCGUGGACGCGAACCCUGAGAGUGAACCAUCUCCGGCCUACGCCGAACGGCCGUCGCUCCCUCUCCCAGAGAUCAAGUCACAUUACAACAAUAAAGAAAAUGCAGCGUCAGGCUUAGCCUCGCCCUUGGGCUCCUUAGAUGCGCUUGGUCCUCCAUCCGGUCGGGUCGAUCCAACGGAAGGACGAAGCCCGUUGCACCCGAAACCAAUUCAGUUCAUCAAGACGACAUUGGCCGGUCCCAGCCGAACAUUUGAAGUGACUUCGGAGGCAACCGAGCUUCUGCAGGGCAUUAACAAAAAUGUAUCGGUGAUAGGAAUUGCAGGAACUUACCGGCACGGGAAGUCUUUCCUGAUGAACCAACUUUUCGGCACCCAAUCUGGUUUUGAGCUGGGACCUCUUGCCGAAGGGAAAACCCGGGGGUCCUAUUUAUGGGCUUUCGAGCAAGCGGACAAAGAUGAGGUCUUGCUGCUGCUUGACUUCGAAGGCCUCAAAGACACGGAGAACAACACGGCUGCGUAUGACCUGCAGCUGUUCAGUCUUGCGGUUCUCUUGAGCUCAUGUCUGAUUUACAAUCAGAUUGGCAGUGUUCUAGAUGCCGCUCAGAUACAAGAUCUCAGCUUCAUUAUAGACUUGACCAAGCACCUUCGAACUAAGAGCGGAGAAGAGACCGGUGCUGAUUUUGAUAAACACUUCCCGAGCCUGAUCUGGGUGAUGAGAGACAGUGUGUUGGAGCACGUAUCCAUCGACGGGAAGGAGCAGACAGACGAUGAGUAUUUCGCUAAACAGAUGAAAGAGGAGCCAGGGUUCAGUCAAGAUGUCGACAACAGAAACCGUGUACGCCGACUCAUCAAAACGGCGUUCAAGCGACACUAUUUUCGACGUCUACCCCGUCCCAUACAUAAGGAAAAGGCGCUUCGCUACAUUGAUAAGGCUCGGCCGGAACAAAUUCGUAGCCUAUGGUAUACUUUAAUGGAUUCUCUGCGGGAGUUGGUCUUCUCCGUCACGGGACCAAAAGAACUCUUUUCUUCCGCUACCGACACAGUCACAAAAGUGAACGGGCCUGCAUUCCUCCUCAUGACCGAGUCGUAUAUAACAGCUUUCAAUCGAGGGGACGUCCCGAAUAUCAGUAACACAUGGGAUGUUUUGUGCGAAAACACCCGCAACAAAGCACAGGCGGAAGCCCUUUUGAAAUACACCGAGCUCAUGAGCAGCCAUGUCCUUCCAAAAUUCCCCGUGGAUAUGGACACACUUUUCGAGAAUCACUCGGCGUUCCAGGAGCAAGCCAUCGGCCGAUUUUGUGAAGUCAUAAUUGGAACUGACAUAGAGACACAUGUGAAUAAGCUAAAGGGUUUGCUCGCGCAGUACGACGAGGAAGGGGUGCUAAUCAGCGGCGAAUACCAUCGAUAUGUGGAGAUGAACCGAAGCAAGAGCCGCGAGCACUGCGAUGUCAUCCAGGCACGCAUAUGUGCCGCCCUGGAAACGAAGAUUUCGAAGAAGGCUUUUGCUUCCUACGCGAAAUAUGAAGCGGCUGUAGAAGCAGCUCUCAAAGAGUAUGACACUCUGAGCGUCGGGCCGAUGGCCAUGACAGUGAGAGAGACUCUUCAGCAGACCUUGGCCAGAGGCUCCGAGAUGCAGGCUCUGCACUUCAAGCUUGAUGAGGCCGGAAAAGUUGCCGCGCGGGAGGUGAUGGAGCGUCAACGCCUGGAGGCCAAUUUCAUGAAAAUGCGUCUGGAUAAUGAUCAGCGGGAAAAAGGCCACCGCGAUCAGCUACGGCAGCAUAUUGCUGCCAAUGCGGCCCUGGAGGAAAGGCUUGUGCGAGAACACAGGUUGUGGGUGCAAAAGCACCAGGAAGACCUCGAUGAGCGCGAACGUAAGUGGAAGAAAGCUCUAGAAAACCGGGACGCUCAGGCAGAAAUGCAUCGGACUCAGUUUGAAGAUCUGAAACGGGAGAUGGAGAGAAUGAAUCACAUUAGGCAAAUGGAAUUUGAGGAGAUUAGGGCUCGGCCUGUCCCGCAGAUAACUUUUGAGCAAAGCUUGCCUCGGUGGGGCGUUUGCCAAGCUAGACUCGGGCGAGGAUCAACACGGCCAGGAGAGCCCUGUGGCAGGGGAAGACCAUGUCAGUAUCAUGGAUAGCAUUCAUUGAUGAUACCAGCUAGCGAUCCUCGCCCCUGUUCGACUGCAAGUUUUGCAUGGGAUUGGGCCGGCUUGUAACUUGCUGG